UGACGCCCUGAGAAGCAUCCCCCAAAGCUUAGGAACUGCUGUCUUUCCAGAUGUUGGAGGUCCACACUCUCAGGAGCGCUGGGGAGAGCAGGGUGUCCUGCAAACUGAGCACGCAGCAACACCCUGGUCCUACAAGGGUUCUUUUGUUAUACGUGGCGCAAGGGAAGGUGUAGGCAGGGCCAAGAAACCCACUACUUCUGGUCCUGCCAGAAGGCUCCCUCGUGCCCCUGGCCCAAGGCAAUCACCACUCUGACCUCACCUUCAUAAACUAUCAGCAGCUCUCUGCUGGGCAUUUCUGGGACACUCUAGCCCCUAGUCUCAUUCCAGCAGAUGAGGCUGAUAGGCGGGGGGAGCGCUGUGGCCAAGUUCAGCCAAGGUCAGCUGAUGGGUAGCUGAGAGGAGUGGGCCCCAGGAGCCCUUUGUGAUGUCAGCACCCUGUGCCGCACCCUCGAAGCCCUGUGCUCCUCCCAGCCACCUCCCCUCCUAGUCUGGAGAGAGCCUCGGAGAGCAAUGGGUUCCCGCUGCACCAAGCUCCGCACAGGCCACGGCACGGGCCACGGCACGGGCCACAGCAGGGGCCACGAAUCAACUAUGAAGAAGCUGCUGGCCUGUGUGAGUCAGGAUAACUUCUGCCUGUCAUCAGAGGAGGAGGAGGGGGAGGAAGAGGAAGAGGAGGAAGAAGAGGAGGAGGAGCAGCUCCCGGUGAAGAGCAAACUGCUGCUGAUGGAGCCCGAGCAGGAGGAGAGCACUGAGGACAAGCCCGAGAUCCAGCAGGGCCCUGAGCCCCAGCAGACGCACUCCUGACGCUGGACGGCAGCCCAGUGAGGGGUGCUGACGCCAUUCCAGACAGAGCUUUCAGAAAACAGUCAAUAAAAAGUCCCCAAGGAACCCUCCUCUCAGGUGUCCCUUCCAU